AUGGGGGGACGGAAUGAGGAGGAGCGGAAUGAGGAGGAGCGGAAUGAUGAAGAGCGGAAUGAGGAGGAGCGGAAUGAUGAGGAGCGGAAUGAGGAGGAGCGGAAUGAUGAGGAGCGGAAUGAUGAGGAGCGGAAUGAGGAGGAGCGGAAUGAUGAGGAGCGGAAUGAGGAGGAGCGGAAUGAUGAGGAGCGGAAUGAGGAGGAGCGGAAUGAUGAGGAGCGGAAUGAGGAGGAGCGGAAUGAUGAGGAGCGGAAUGAGGAGGAGCGGAAUGAUGAGGGCCUAGAUACGCAGGCGGGGUCGACGCUGGGCCGCAUGCUGAUCCAGGUGGCGCGCACACUCACGUGCUCUCCAUGUGCUCACUCGCACAUAUCCCCCUCGCUGUCCUUCCCCUUCCCCGAUUUCCCCCCCACUCCCCGCCUUCUCCCCCCCAGCCAUCCACUCUCCCUCCCCUUCUCCCCCCCCUCUCCUUCAACGCGUCUCCCCCUUCCCCCUCCCGGUUUCCCCCACUCCCCGCCCCCAGGCGAGUACCUGUUGCAGACGCAGGCGGGGUCGACGCUGGGCCGCAUGCUCAUCCAGGUGGCGCGCGCGCGCGGCAUCAGGACAAUCAACGUCGUGCGCCGCGCCGCCCAGGCCGCCGAGCUCAAGGCGCUGGGCGGCGAUGAGGUGAGGCGAGGAGGAGGAGGGGGUGCUUGUGGGGGUGGGGGGAAGGGAGACAGAGCGGGGCAGGCGGAAGGGGAGACAUGGUGGAGGAGGGAGGGAGGGAGGUACGAGAGGAUUAUGUCGGUUGGGGAGGGUGAAGGGAGGAUCAUGAGGUUUACGGCCGUGAUCUGCUCAACGGACGAGAGUGUGCCAGAGAGGGUGCGCACCAUAACGGGCGGGCACAUGGCGCAUGCAGCGGUGGAGAGCGUGGCGGGCGACCUCACCGGUGCAGUGCUCUCCUCUGUGCGCCCGGGCGGCACCGUGCUGCUCUUUGGAGGCGCCUCUGGGGCCACCUUCUCCGCCUCCAUUGGCGACUUCAUCUUCAGGGAUGUGACGCUCAAGGGCUUUUGGUUGGGCCCCUUCCUGAAAGCGCUGAGCCAUGAGCAGCGGCAGGCGGUGGUGAAGGAGGCGUUUGAUCUCAUCGCCAAUAACACCGUCACUCCAUUCACGGGCGAUAGAAUGGACCUCCCAGAGUUCGCCACUGCGCUCAAGAACCAGAUGGCGGAGAACCGCCAAGGGAAGAUUCUUCUCUCGGGAUAG